GUUCAAAGGUCGGUGAGGCUGUGCAUCUCUCCGUGAGAAACUAAACUACUGUUUGGUCUUAUUAUCCUGUACGUAUCUCGACAAUGUGAAUUAAGUAGGGGUAUUAAUAAGAUAAUAUAGUUUGGAGAGUUGCAUUUCUCUCAAAUUGCCCUCCAGAAAGCGUCCCGACCCAGAAUGCAUUUUGACAAAGUCUUUGAAAAAGCGGCGCGGCUGAUUCAAGAUGGCGGAGAUGGACCAGCUGUUGGACGAGAGCUCCUCAGCAGAGGCACUUGUGAGUCUAAAGGAGGGUAGUUUGUCCAACUCUCUGAAUGAAAACAGCUUGCAGAGAGCUCACAACACCAGGGGCCGUCAGUCAACUCUCACAAUGGACACGCCAACCCGAAGCUCAAAAAGAAGUCGGUUGUUUCGAGAUGAAGAGGAACAGCCUCGUCUUCCUUCCCGAUCUCCUCGAAGAAGCCAGAGAGUUUCCACCACACCUCAGAAGUUUUCAAAUGUGGUGACACCAGACAAGAAAACAUCACAGAAAAUUGGGCUAAGAUUACGAAACCUUCUCAAGCUACCCAAAGCCCACAAAUGGUGCAUCUAUGAAUGGUUUUAUUCCAAUAUUGACAGACCCCUCUUUGAAGGUGACAAUGAAUUUUGCCUUUGUCUCAAAGAGUCCUUCCCAAAUCUAAAAACCAGAAAGCUAAGCAGGGUUGAAUGGGGAACAAUCAGAAGACUGAUGGGAAAACCUCGCAGGUGCUCCUCGGCAUUUUUUGCUGAAGAGCGGACAGCUCUGAGGCAGAAGAGGCAAAAGAUACGACUGCUACAGCAAAGCAAAUUGACUGAUAUAUCAAACUGCAAAGACCUUCCAGAUGAAAUCCCCAUGCCACUUAUCAUAGGAACCAAAGUCACAGCUCGCUUACGAGGGGUCCAUGAUGGGUUGUUCACGGGGCAGAUUGAUGCAGUAGACACAAGUGCUGCUACGUAUCGUGUUACCUUUGACCGCAGUGGCCUGGGAACUCACACUGUGCCUGACUAUGAAGUUCUGAGCAAUGAACCCACUGAGACCAUGCCCAUUUCAGCAUUUGCACAAAAGCACCGGUCAAAUCGCUACCUUCACAACAUAAUGACUCCCCCUAGAGGCUCUUAUCCGUCUGCUACCACUCCUGUCCUUAUGGACAAUGAUCCCCUUAUCAACCAGUCCCCCUGGAAAAGCAAACUCUCAGGUGCUGAAGGGGAAACACUGGGAGGGUUUCCUGUCAAGUUUUUGGUCCAAGUGACAAGGCUUUCAAAGAUCCUUAUGAUCAAAAAGGAGCACAUUAAGCACUUAAAAGAAAUGAACACAGAAGCUGAGAAACUGAAGUCCUACUCCAUGCCCAUCGACCUGGACUUCCAGAAGCGUUAUGCUACAACAGUACUCGAGCUAGAACAACUGAAUAAAGACUUGAACAAGGUGUUGCAGGAAGUACAACAGUUCUGUUGUGAGCUCGCUCCUGACCAGGGCCUGGUUCCAGCUGACCAUCCCACAGAGCUACGGCGGCGCUGUGAGGAAGAGGCCCAGCAGAUGGUGCUGCUUGGUAACUCACUACAGGAUGGACAGCAGGUUGUGUCCAAUCACAGCCUCACACAACUCAUCUCACGACUCACAGCUCUCCUCCUUCAGAUCAAGUGUCUGGCAGAUGGUGGGGAUCUGAACGCAUUUGAGUUCAAAUCUCUAACAGACUCACUCAAUGACAUCAAGGCAUCCAUUGAUCCCUCUAACCUUAGUUGCUUCCAGAAUAACGUUGAGAUCCACGUGGCUCACAUCCAGAGUGGCCUUAGUCAACUGGGCAAUCUACAUGCGUUUGCUGCCAACAACACUAACGCAGUGUGAAGGCAGCAUUGUUGUCACCUCACAGAGGUGCGAUUUGAUAACAUCUUUGGAGUGGGUGCGUUUCAUCUGAACUGUCUGAAGACCACAAACAAAAGCCUAAUGCAAUGUUUCGCACAUGACUGACUGCAAUGGUUAUAUGUGCCAAGCAUUAAGUCUUAUAUUUUUAUAGUCCAUAUUUAUUUAUUUGAGCAGGUGUGUGCAACUUUUUCCUUUUUCUUGUUACUCUGCUAAAUUUAGGAGUGGAGGCUAAAGUAUAUUUUGUACAAUUGUAGAUAAUUGUAAAAUAUUUGAUUAGUGCUUUUGUCAACCUAGAUAUGUUUUGUAAUUUUGUGUGCACUGAAAAGAGAUUUGAUAUUUUUAUAAAAGAGGGCUCUGGAACUUAAUUUCUGUUAUCAUUAACAUUACCACAUUGGCAUGGCUAUUGUUGCAACCCCUCACAAAGGUGAAGUAACCAUUCAAUGGUUCUCCCUGUGGUGGGUGCUCUUCUGUACAUGUAUAUAAACAUUUUCUUUUCUUUUAUAUUAAACAGUUAUUCCGAAGUUAUGUUUUUAAUGUAUGAAUCUUUAUUUACAAUUGAACAUUUGUGAAAACUAUUGACAAUAAAUAUAGGCUUUUCAUAUUAUC